CUGCCUCUCUCCGCUCACUGCAGUGGUUCAGGCUUCAGCAGCCUUGGAAAAGCAUCAGCUGAGAGGAGCUAUCACAUAGGAGCUGGGAGAUGCUCAGCAAAGAUGCCUUCAUGAGGAAACUGGAGUCCAGAAGAGUUGCAGAGUGAGUAAUGCCCAGACCUGGAACUAGAAGCUGAAUCUUAUUCUCCUACUCCCCAUUCUGAUGAAAAAUCAGAAAAUUCACACAAGCUACCCUAAAGCCAGGGCACUGUCCUAGAGCUCAGCAGGACCCUGGAGAAGGGAGACAAAGGAUUUAGAAUUGCCCUCAAAAGGGAAGAAAAGCAUGGAGAACUAGAAAAGGAAGUGGGAACAGAGGUGCCAGAGACCACUUGGAAGGUGGCAUGCAGCAAGUAUGUGAGGAUCAGUCCCUUGCCUGUCGGCUGCUACCAUCACCGGGGCUGACCCUGGGGCUACCUUGCGACAGAAACUGGACAUGAGCUCCUGAGUUCAGAGCUGCCUGGCCUGGCACUACCACAGAGGAGCCCAGCUUGGAAGGCUAGUGAUAAGGGCCUGCCUACAGGCUCCUGUGGAAGGCCCCCAACGAAAUCGGGAAGCCUAGGCCUGGGCUUUACAUCCCAGGGCUGUGGAGUAGGAUGGGGGAUGGGCCUGUAACGGGAAGUGCCCUGGGUGUCCUCUUUCGGCCCCAUGGAGUCCUCACCCAUCCCUCAGUCAUCAGGAAACUUGUCUACUUUGGGAAGAGUCCUUCAAACCCCAGGUCCCUCUACUGCCAGCGGGGUCCCAGAAUUGGGACUUCAGGACGUGGCUUCAGAAUCUGUGGCCCUCUUCUUCAUGCUCCUGUUGGACCUUACUGCUGUGGCUGGCAACGCUGCUGUGAUGGCUGUUAUCGCCAAAACACCUGCCCUCCGAAAAUUUGUUUUUGUCUUCCAUCUCUGUCUGGUGGACCUGCUGGCUGCCCUGACCCUCAUGCCCUUGGCCAUGCUGUCCAGCUCCGCCCUCUUUGACCACGCGCUCUUCGGGGAGGUGGCCUGCCGCCUCUACUUGUUCCUGAGUGUUUGCUUCGUUAGCCUGGCCAUCCUUUCGGUGUCUGCCAUUAACGUGGAACGCUACUAUUAUGUGGUUCACCCCAUGCGCUACGAGGUACGCAUGACGCUGGGCUUGGUGGCCUCCGUGCUGGUGGGCGUGUGGAUAAAGGCCCUGGCCAUGGCUUCUGUGCCAGUGUUGGGAAGGGUCUCCUGGGAGGAAGGAGCCCCCACUGUUAACCCAGGCUGUUCUCUCCAAUGGAGCCAUAGUGCCUACUGCCAGCUUUUUGUGGUGGUCUUUGCUGUCCUUUACUUCUUGCUGCCCUUGAUCCUGAUCUUCGUGGUCUACUGCAGCAUGUUCCGAGUGGCUCGUGUGGCCGCCAUGCAACACGGGCCGCUGCCCACGUGGAUGGAGACCCCCCGGCAACGCUCUGAGUCUCUCAGUAGCCGGUCCACUAUGGUCACCAGCUCCGGGGCUCACCAGACUACUCCACAUCGGACGUUUGGGGGUGGGAAGGCAGCAGUGGUCCUCCUGGCCGUAGGGGGACAGUUCCUGCUCUGUUGGUUACCCUACUUCUCUUUCCAUCUCUACGUGGCCCUGAGCGCUCAGCCCAUUUCAACGGGACAGGUGGAGAAUGUGGUGACCUGGAUUGGCUACUUCUGCUUCACUUCCAAUCCUUUUUUCUAUGGAUGUCUCAACCGUCAGAUCCGGGGCGAGCUUAGCAAACAGUUCGUCUGCUUCUUCAAGGCGGCUCCAGAGGAGGAGCUGAGGCUGCCUAGCCGGGAGGGCUCUAUUGAGGAGAAUUUCCUGCAGUUCCUCCAGGGGACUUCUGAGAACUGGGUGUCCAGGCCCCUACCCAGCCCCAAGCAGGAGCCACCACCUGCUGUUGACUUUCGAAUCCCAGGCCAGAUUGCUGAGGAGACCUCGGAGUUCCUGGAGCAGCAACUCACCAGCGACAUCAUCAUGUCCGACAGCUACCUCCGUCCUGCCGCCUCAAAGAAGGGGGAGUCAUGAUGGACACUUGGAGGGAAAUAAGGCUUGGGGCUGGUUUAUGAUCUUAAAGACUGUCUUUUCCAGCUGCUGGGGUGUGGGCUGGGGUCUCUGGACUUGGCUUUUGCUUGGUGUUUCCUGGGUCAGGACCAGAGUCAACAGGAUGGACAUGUGGCAAAAGCCUUGGACUUGGCUAUGAUCUUUGACUAUUGGGGGAGGGGAACCUGGGUAUGGUGAGACCGAUGAUGAGAGAAAAGGGUCACAAAGGUGAGGCGAAACCUUUCUACCAGUGAACUUUUCAUGCCUCAGGAAACAGGGAAACUUCCUAAGGGUAGGCAUUGGAGCAGCAGGCUAGCAGCAGGGUUAUUCUGGGGACCGUUGAGGUUUACUUCUUUCUGGUGUAAUAGUCCAGGGUAACAUUUACAUUGAAACAAGGUAAGGAAAUAGCCCACAUCUUCUCAUUUGCUUACUAGGUUAAAAAAGAACAAAACUGUAGCCAAGUGUUACCUGAGUUCGUAGAUUCCUUUUUUAAAAGUUAAUGUCGACGAUUUCUCUUAAAGUGAGUAGACCAGUAGGGUGAAGUCUCUCUGGGACUUGGCCAGCAGCAAGGAGAAACUGCAGGAAGGGUAGUGGAGGAGAAGACAGGAACACUCUCUGCAGCUCUCUCUCCCAUUCUGCUCUUCCCUGCAUGUAGGAGAUCAAGUACGGAGAUCUCAGCAGAGACAAACAGGAGACAGGCCGCCCCUUUCCUCCCUGUCUCUCGAGGAACUAAUAGAAUGAUUGGGGUCAGAGAGCUGAGGGUGGGGGUUAGCCUUUGAAUCGGUAACAUGGCCGGAUACAGGAAGGCCAGGUAAGUUACUCUGAUCAAUAAUACUGCCAAUCUUUUCUUUCCAGGACUGGCCUCCCCGAUCUCUCUCCUCAUGGCAGUGACCCACUUCCAGCCCCCUGGACAAUCGGGCACAGGAAGGAGACUAAGGUCGGGCAAGGGGAAGGGUGGGGCUUCCAUAGUCCGUGAAAUGCCUCCCUGUUCUCGUUCACUGCUCUCAAAAUCAGCUUCUGUGAUAAAGACUUAAUACCUGCAGCCCUAGGUUGGAGAGAAGGCAGAUUUUUGGGCUUUGGUGUUUAUUAUGACUAUAGGAACCAUAUUGGUUAGUGUCAGCAAUGAUAUUUUCAAUGCAGAGGGAUUCAUUGCAAGCUGGACAGGCUGCCUAUCUGGGACCUCCUGUCCAUUCCACUUCCUUGAGUUGACUACCAAAGGGUCAAGGCAGAAUCAGAGGGUGAUGUGGUCUAUACCUGAACAAAUUUCUGGUUCAUUGAACAACAAAGGGGGAAAGUGUGUUGGGGUGGAGUAGUUUCCCCUUUGGACAACUAAUAAAUUUUAUGAUAAAAGUUAUAUUGAUAUUAACACUGAUUCCUUCAGUUCUAUUCAAUGCAUAAAUAGUUGAACGCCAACACUUUCUGGGACACACACAGAUGAUGUGUGGUCUCUGCCUUCAAGGAGCUCAUAGUCUAACUUGAUCAGAUAUUUGUAUUUUUGUAGAGCAUAUAGGUCUGAUUAUCCAUGGUUCUAUCUUCUGAGAAUUCACUGAAGUGAUGCAGAGCCUCCCUGCAGACUGUGACAAGUGUGGGAGUGUAAACAAAACUCUCUAGUGAAGAAAACAACCUGCUAAAUAAAACUUGGCACACAGCUUUUUCCCCUUUUGGAUUAGGUAAAUUUCCAGGUUUCUGUCUUCCUAUCUUUUGUGUAUUCUUCUAGUCUAGUGCCUAUUAUACUGAGGAAAUCCCAUAGAAGGUAUACACAGCAAGGAGAGUCCUUUCGUCCUCAAAACCAUCUCCCCCUCUCUCCUGAAAUAAACUCAUGCUGAGAAAUCUCCUUCCUACUGUAUCAUAAGGGAAAAUUUUCAUACACUAUUAAUCUACCAAUCAGCUAGUAGACCCAGAAACUGCCAGAAGAUGGCAGUGUGAGCCCAGUAGCAACAGGAAAGGCCUGAAUGGGCGUGUGUGUGUGUGUGUGUGUGUGUGUGUGUGUGUGUGUGUGUGUGUGUGUUAAACAUUGCUUGGCAGCCAUUUUGUUAAUUUUUUUUUUUUUUUUUUUACUUUGCCCUCCAGUCCUUCACAUAAAAGGAAGUUUUAGGUGCAAUGAUAGUUCUAAUUCAUACUGAAAUAACCUGACACUGAGAUCUUGCUGCCAUUAACUAGUAAGUUUGGCAUAUAAUCAUUCGCUUGCUUUUUUUUUUUUUUCUGGCUGUAUGGAACAGAUAAUAAAGGAAAUAAAACUUUCCUUUUUAUUAUGCAGAGAACUUUCUCUACAACUUUUGCUAUAACUACUUUACAGGAAUUUUCUAGUCACCAAGAUGUAUUGGUAAAGUCCAAUAUACAGUCCUUAGCUCUUGAAAGGUGUUCCUGGAGCAACAGGAUGAGACCAUCAUCCUGUCCGUUACUGUUGCCUACAUCUUGGUAUUGAGGUGACUGCCAUCCUAGAUUAAAACAAAACCAAAACCAAAAACCUUAGACUUUCUGUUGUCAGGUGUCCCCCAAGCAAUACCUUCUAGAGGCCUGGUAGAAAAAGUUCAAAUCAGGUAAAUGUACUUACCGUGUGGAUGUGGGAAAGCUGCUUAAUUUUUCUGAGCCUAUUUCCUCAUCUGUGACAAUGGGGAUCAAUAUUACCUACCUCACAGGGUUGUUGUGAGGAUUAAGAGAUGAGACAUGGCAGCACCUAGUCAUACCUGGCAAAUAGGUAUUCAAUAAAUGUUGUGUUGUUUCCCUUC